AUGACGACCGAUUACAAGUUCGAGGGCUGGCUUGGCCACAGCCCGGAGGCUGCAAACGGCAAGAUGGAAUGGGGAGCGUUCGAACCCAAGAUUUGGACUGAGAACGAUGUUGACAUUCAAAUUUCUCACUGUGGCAUCUGUGGAUCAGAUUUGCACACUCUUCGCUCCGGUUGGGGCAAGACCGACUACCCGUGCUGCGUCGGUCACGAGAUUGUUGGCAAAGCUGUUCGUGUCGGCUCAAACGUCCAGCAUAUCCGCAUCGGUGAUCGCGUUGGCGUCGGUGCCCAAGCCAGGAGUUGCCUGCAACCCGACUGCCCGGAUUGCUCUCGUGGUGCAGAAAACGCCUGUGUUCGCGAGCGCGUUGACACUUACGGCUCAUUUUACCCCCAAGGUGAAGGGAAAUCCAUGGGCGGUUACGGGGAUUAUAAUCGGACGAACGGCCGCUUCGUCAUCAAAAUCCCAGACGGAUUGUCUUCCGAGUCCGCAGCCCCAAUGCUUUGUGGCGGAAUCACAGUAUAUGCUCCGCUGAAAAAUAACGAGUGUGGGCCUGGGAAGUCCGUUGGCAUCAUCGGGCUCGGCGGGCUGGGCCAUUUUGGAGUGCUCUUCGCCAAGGCGCUCGGUGCGGAUCGCGUGGUGGGCAUUUCGAGACGUCGGGCCAAGGAAGGCGACGCGCUUGCCCUUGGGGCGGAUGAGUACAUUGCCACUGUUGACGAUGAGAAAUGGGCAAGAAAGUAUCGGCGAAGCCUGGAUCUCAUCAUCUGCACGGUUUCGAAUUCAGACAUGCCGCUGCAGCAAUAUCUGAGCCUUCUAAAGUGGGGAGGAUCCUUUAUUCAAGUUGGGGCACCCGAUGGCGGCAAAUUGCCAGAUAUCAGUGCAUUCACCCUGAUUAUCAACAAUAUCAAGGUUGGUGGCAGCAACAUCGGGUCUGUCAACGAAAUUCAGGAGAUGCUCGACUUUGCGGUGGAAAAAAACGUCAAGCCAUGGGUCCAGACGAGAUCCAUGGCAGACGCAAACCAAGCAGUGGUAGACAUGGAGGACGGUAAAGCACGAUACAGAUACGUUCUGGUCAAUGAGAAGCACGUGUAG